AUGGCGAGGAGCACGCAGGCAAAUCUUACCGCUCGGGAUGCACAACUUGGAUUUACUUUACACCGCGCCGCGGCAAAUGAAAAAGAAAAUCUCGAUCUUCACCAUAGGCAACAAAGAACGCAUACGCAGCUUCUAGAUGUAGACCCUCAACAAGAAGUAAGCCAGCAUUUAUUCGAGGACGACGCUCAAAAAAUCUUCGACGUGGAGCCGCGAAUAUCUUUCCUCGACCUGGGCGGCAACCUCGGUCUGUGGAGCCUUGUCGCCGCGGUGGUGCAUAAAGCCGAGGUGUUUGCUUUCGAGCCGGUGGUGGGGAAUUUCAACAAGCUCUUUCAAACUUUGUUCUGCAGCAACAAGGAGUUGCUAGGAAAGAACUUCGCACACAACUUCCUGCACCUGGUCCGCGCAACCGCCGGCGCGCCGGAGACCGAGGGGGAGAAACGCACACUGUCCAUGCUGAACUGGUCGACCGUCGUUAUCAAAUGUAAAAAUGUCUGGGUCUGGAAACUUGUGAUGCUGUGUGGCGUAUCAUGAGAAGGCCACAAUUGCUGGCUCAGCAUGACAAGUUCCUGAGCUUCUAGGUGUUGCCUAUUCUGCAUGACAAACUACGUCUCUGCAUGACAGAAAAGUGGGGCUCUUUGGUAAUGUGCAUGACAGAUUUAAGAGUCAUGCCAGACAAGCAUGACAAACUUGCAUUCUUCCAGACCCAGACAUUUUUACAUUUGAUAGUCGUGCUGGAUCAGCAAAACAUCGAAGCCGCCGACAUUGUGCAAAGGAACCAACCGGUGCUUGCAGACUCCGGACGCGAAAACUUGGCAAUUGAUGCAGCAGAGCAGCUUGGCUUGGUAAGGGAAGAGGACCACACGAUUAGGUUGCACACGGUGGACAGAAUCUGGAACCGGCACUGGCGAUACAACAGAAAUGGAGGUAAAAAGAAUGGAGGGACGUUGUCACAGCAAGAAGUGUAUGCACUGCGAAACUAUCGUACUAUGAGAAGUUCUUCCAAGAGCAAAAAUGGAAUUCCUCAGGCUGUUUCAGGUAAAAAGCUGGAUCUGUCAUGCAAAACUGGUAUUUACUUUUACACGAGUGCGAUACUUUUGCACAGGAUAAAAUAACCCGCGACCUGUUUAUCAAAGCGGAUGUCGAGGGUUACGAGUGCGCGGCGCUGCUUGGCGCGGAGGAGUUUCUGCGGCACAGCCGCGUCUGGGGCCUGAUGUUCGAGUACUCCGCAUUUUGGGCGGAGAAAACGGCCGUGGGAACAUCAAGUAAGGCGGAAGCCACCUCCUGCACCAACCCGCGGAUCCGAGCGAGGCUGUCGAAACUUUUCAUGAGGAUCGGACUCACGCACUUCUACGGCUUUGGCGCGAGCUGGAUGUACCCGCAGUUCGCGUGCCACAUCGGGAAUCUGUGGCGGUUUGUGGACCGCACGCGGAUUUUCAUCCACAACACUAGUGCGCUGAACAUCGUGGGACUGCCCGCACACAUGGAGCACGAAUCCUUCACGGCACUGUGGAAUGAAACGGAGCUGACACAGGUGGGCGGGGCGGAUCUGGUUCACGCGGCGCUCAGUAAAGCAGCCGCCAAGUAGUUGUCGUUUGUCGAGUAGCUGUUUGAAGACUGAAGGAACCAUGUGGAGGCUCCCUCGUUGUCGGCGUCCAUUGUUCGGAGGUUGAGGUAGGCUAAUCACUACUUCUGCGCACAUACUUUGUGUGAAGAUUAGUAUGUGAAUGAGUUUUGAAUUCUAUGUUAGUGUUACCGCGACAACUCUACCGCGACGACUCUAAUAAACUGGAACUCUCCUGCUCCCGAAGACAGAAGCGCGAGUGUCCGUGUAACAUUUUUACAGAUGCAGAACUUCUCGUCUAUACGAGACCCAGACCGUGAAUAUUAGUAAAAAGCCUGGCCGCAACUCGGAGCUCGCGGUAGUCUCAAAUUUUAAGACCCCUUAGACAGGGCGAGUGUGCAC